AUGAUUUAAAAGAAAGUUCUAAGCAGCAGCGAUGAAAGCAGUGAGGAUGAACAUGUUGAAGAAUUAUAAGACAAAUAAAAGUUAAUAUAGGCUAAAGCUAAUAAACCAACAAGAACUUCUGUAAGUGCUGAAGUUUAUGGACAAUUCAAUAAGAAAGUAUUUAAUCAUCUUUGAUUAAAGGGUUAAUACUAAGCUAAGAAAGUUAAUAAAAGUGAAGAUGCUGUUAAAAGAAUUAAACAAAGAAUGAGCUAAGCAUUUAUGUUUAGUGCCUUAGAUGAACAUGAAUUAGCUAUUGUUAUUGAUGCAAUGGAAGAGAAGAAAUUUAAGUAUCCAUUUCUUUAUAUUUUUGUUAGAGCUGGUGAUUUUGUGAUCAAACAAGGUGAUGAUGGUGAUGUACUCUAUGUUGUUGAUUAAGGAUAACUUGACUGUUUCAAAGUAUUCAAAAAGGGAGAACCUGAAAAACAUUUAGUAUAUAUUUAUUUAAUUCCUCUUCAUAGAAAGUUUAUCAACCUGGAGAAUCAUUUGGUGAAUUGGCUUUAUUAUACAAUGUACCAAGAGCAGCAACAAUUAAAGCUAAAACUGAUGCUAUAUGCUUUUCAUUGGAUAGAGAAACAUUCAAUCAUAUUGUUAAGGAUGCAGCUGCUAAAAAGAGAGAAAAAUAUGAAGAAUUUCUUAGCAAAGUGGAAUUAUUAAAAGGUAUCUAUUUUAAUUAACAACUACCUUAGAUAUGGAUCCAUAUGAAAGAUUGCAAAUUGCUGAUGCAUUGAAAGUCUAAAAAUUCAAUUAGAAAGACUAUAUUAUUAGAUAAGGAGAAUAAGGAAAUACAUUUUAUUUCAUUCAAAAAGGUGAUUGUAUAGCUACUAAAACUGAAAAUGGUAAUUUUCAAAUUCUAUUUAAUUUUAGGUACUGAGAAGGAAGUCUACAGUUAUAAAGUAGGAGAUUAUUUUGGUGAAUUAGCUUUAAUAAAACAUGAGCCAAGAGCUGCAAAUAUUGUUGCUUAAGUAAAUAUAAUAUAAAUCUCAAGAGCGAAGUGAUAGUAGUAUAUUUAGAUAGUGACAGUUUCAGAAGAUUGAUUGGACCUGUUGAUGAAAUUUUAAAGAGAAAUAUGAGUAGAUAUGAAAAAUAUGUAAAAAAAUGAGAAGAU